UUUUUUUUUUUACCUUUUUUUUUUUUCUCUCUCUGCAAAACCCUCUUUUUUUUUUUCAUCAUUGUAAUACAUAAGAUGAGGUGGCUUUAUCCAUUCUUAUUUGGUACACUUAUUUCAAGCGCGUAUGGAUCUUUACUAGUGAUUGCAACCAACGAAACCUAUGCAGACCGCAUUGCAUCUUUUGGACCCCGAUUAACAGAGAAUGGCAAAGUGGGUUACCUUGUUGAACCCACUGCGGAUCCGACGGGUUGUAAAAAAGUAGAGGCCCCCUGUCUUGAUUGGGUUGCACUUGUCAGACGAGGUGGUUGUUCCUUUAUUACCAAAGUACGUAAUAUGCAACAGUCCGGUGCUAUUGCCAUAGCCGUGGGGGAUCCUGAUCAUCAGUCAGGCUGGAUUACUAUGUAUGCUCCAGGUGAUACUUCGGAUAUCACCAUACCAAGUAUCUUUCUAGCCAAGAGUGAAUACAAAGCACUACUCUAUCUAUCUAAAGUAGUUGAUACACCCAUGAUGAUCCUACUGCAACUCGACGACUUCAUUACAUGGCCAUUGCUCGAUAUUCUCAUGAUCAUUUUUGUUUCGCCCAGUGUCAUGAUGAUUUUUAUUUACAUUUCCUGGAGACUGCGACAAAAGAAUCGUUUGAAACAACAAGUGGCUCCUGUGGAUGUUGUCUCCAAAUUAAGCACCAAACGAUUCAGUCUGGAGAAAUUACUAGAGAAUGAGGCAGAGGAGUGUGCCAUUUGUUUAGAGGAUUAUAUUAAUGGCGAGAACUUACGAGUUUUACCUUGUCGACAUGAUUUUCAUGCCUUUUGUGUAGAUGCCUGGUUAACCACACAGAAAAAAUUCUGCCCAAUUUGUAAACGAGAUAUUACUUGUAAUCCCUGCUAAAAAAAUAAUAAUCCCAUAAAAAUCAUGUUCUCCUGUACAUAGCAUAUCAAUCAUUUAAACUAACUACCCGAAAAUAAAGCCUCACUACUUUUUUUAUUGUAUUAAUUGUCUGUUAAAAUGGAGUCUGUUUAUCCUUUCUUAUUGUUUUUUUUUUUCUUUUUGGCUGUAUUCAAAACAAUGGGUUUAAUCCUCAUCCCAUAACACAACAACAAUAACAUAUAAAUUUAUUAGCCUUUAGUAAAAUGUCACCUUAAAAAGCUUCCAUGUUCAUCUGUUAUAUAAAAACAACGCACCCGAAUCUAUUGAGGGAUUUAGACUGAAUAAUAAUUUUCAUGCGCUUUAUUAUUAUUCUGAUUGGAGC